AAAGACGGAAGCAGAAAGAGGAUCCUGUUACUGUGGACUCCGAAUGAUAUGGAUCAAGACCGGAAGCUCCCACUUCUACCCCCAGAGUUACGGUAGGUGUCGGGCCGGUCCCACAGUCGGAACAUACUGCUGACUGACGAGCUGCAGGUCACCACACUGAUGGAGGACCGAGUCUCUGGACCCGGACCUGAACCUAGACUGGUCCUGGUCUUCAGCGGGAAACGAAAGUCCGGAAAAGAUUACAUUACGGACCGGAUCCAGGAGCGUUUGGGGCAGGGCGUUUGCUGCGUCCUGCGUCUGUCCGGACCGCUCAAACAUCAAUACGCUCAGGAACACGGUCUGGACCUGGACCAGCUGCUGGGUCCUGGUCCCUAUAAGGAGCGUUACCGUGGCGAUAUGAUCUGUUGGGGAGAAAGCCGACGUCGUCAAGACCCCGGAUUCUUCUGUCGCCUAGCAACCAGAGGAGCUCUGCAACCAGUGUGGGUGGUGAGUGACGCACGGCGGCUGUCAGACCUGACCUGGUUCAAGUCCAGGUUUCCACAACAGACUCGAAGUGUCCGGGUUCAAAGUUCAGAAGAAACACGCAGACAGAGGGGGUGGAGCUUCACUGCAGGUGUGGAUGAUGCAGAGUCAGAGUGCGGCCUUGACAGCGGCGUUGAAUUUGAUUGGAUCAUCACUAAUGAGGCCGACGCCCCCUCGUUAGAAGAGCAGCUGCAGCCAAUCCUGAAGCUUGCGGAGGAAUCAGCUGUUCUUUAAACCAGAGUCUGCAAAGGAUGAUGGGAGAUUCUCACCUGGACUUUGAUGCUGUGAAUUAUUCUUUAGACGUUUGUAAACAGUUUGUUUGUUUUCCAGCAGCUGUAAACAAACAAACAUCGAGUGACUCACCUGAGAAACAUUAAAAACCUUUUACCUUCAAA